AGUGUAGGGUGGGUAUACCCUCUUGUCGCCCGAGAGUUCUCGUUGUUGACACCUCGUCGGAGAAAAUGGCGACUGGAGUGAGACAGGAGCUUGCACAGCUUAUGAAUUCAAGCGGAUCCCACAAAGAUCUCGCUGGAAAAUAUCGACAGAUUCUGGAAAAAGCCAUCCAGUUUACAGAUGCAGAACAAUUGGAAUCAUUAAAAGCAUUUGUUGAAGCAAUGGUCAAUGAGAACGUCAGCUUAGUGAUCUCUAGACAGCUGCUGACAGACUUCUGCACAAACAUCCCCAGUCUUCCUGACAGCACAGCCAAGGCAGUCUACCACUUCACACUAGAGAAAAUACAGCCCAGGGUCAUCUCCUUCGAAGAACAGGUGGCCUCCAUCAGACAGCACUUAGCCACCAUCUAUGAGAAAGAGGAGGACUGGAGGAAUGCUGCUCAGGUCCUAGUGGGCAUUCCUCUGGAGACCGGACAGAAGCAGUACAACGUAGACUAUAAGUUGGACACGUACCUGAAGAUCGCACGACUCUACCUGGAGGACGAUGACCCUGUCCAGGCUGAGGCCUACAUCAAUAGAGCCUCUCUGCUCCAGAACGAGUCCACCAAUGAACAGCUGCAGAUCCACUACAAAGUGUGCUACGCCCGAGUGCUGGACUACAGGAGGAAGUUCAUUGAGGCGGCCCAGAGGUACAACGAGCUGUCCUACAAGUCCAUCGUGCACGAGACGGAGCGUCUAGAGGCCCUGAAGCACGCCCUGCACUGCACCAUCCUGGCAUCCGCAGGCCAGCAGCGCUCUCGUAUGUUAGCCACGCUGUUCAAAGACGAGCGCUGUCAGCAGCUGGCUGCCUACGGCAUCCUGGAAAAGAUGUACCUGGACCGGAUCAUCCGAGGGAACCAGCUGCAGGAGUUCGCUGCCAUGCUUAUGCCCCACCAGAAGGCCACCACGGCGGACGGCUCGAGCAUAUUGGACCGAGCCGUUAUCGAACACAACCUCCUGUCUGCUAGCAAACUUUACAACAACAUCACGUUUGAAGAGCUUGGGGCGCUUCUCGAGAUCCCUCCCGCUAAGGACGAUUGUCCCGAUGGUGAGGUCCCUGGUUACAGAUGCAAUCUGGCUGAGAAGAUCGCCUCCCAGAUGAUCACCGAAGGACGCAUGAACGGCUUCAUCGACCAGAUAGAUGGAAUCGUCCACUUUGAGACACGGGAGCCCCUGCCCACUUGGGACAAGCAGAUUCAGUCGCUGUGUUUCCAGGUGAACAACCUGCUAGAGAAGAUCACUGCGGCCGCUCCUGAGUGGACUGCUCAGGCCAUGGAGGCCCAGAUGACCCAAUAGACUGACUGAUACCCCCCCCUUCCUGGAAAAUCACCCCACACCAGGUCAACCCAUUUUACCCCCUCCAAGUGUUUCCCCUAGAGGUUUUGGCUGGCCGUAGGUAUGGGCGACCAUGCAGCACUGUGCAAACACCAAAUUCUUCAGUUGAAACCAGCAGAAGCCAAAUCCAGAUAUAUUUUGCCUGAGUUUGAUUGAGCUUAGCUGCAAGCUCUGCCUAAGUAAAUAGGGGAAACACUUCCCACUCCUCAUUUCUCUCGCUCUCCAUCUCUCCCUCUUGCUCAUUCAAGUGUGAGACUAGGUCCAAUCUGAUGGUUCUCCAGCAUGUUACUCAGAAGAAAACUAGUGUAUAUUAUGCUCAGAAAUCGACCAUUUAUCUUAAUAGGACUAAUAGAUGGAUACUUGAAUCCAUAGGCUCAUCAAGUGACCAGUGGUGGCAGUUUCAUGUACACUUUGAUGUAAUAUAAACCAGAGAAUGCAGACACUAGUGUCCCACAACAAAAGUUUGUUUAAAAAUUUCAAAUGUAAAAGACACACAGACGAUGUCACAGGCCAUGCCUCGUUGCUGUAUUCAUGUACAACGAUUUCGUCACAUUCUGUUUGGAAAUAUUUUGUCAGACCCAGAGUGCCACUUCCACAAAAGAUCAAUAAAAGUUGUGAAAGAA